AUGCCGACUCCUAUCGAUCGCGCGGUGCAACAACGUGGCCCGUUCUUUGCUUUUGCUGCAGUAGUUGCUGGUGUUGCAGCAUGGAGUAUUUGGGGACAAGACAUCUUUCCCAGUCAAGACCCUACUGGAGACCCAGAGACAUGGACACAUGACCAAUGCGUUACUUGGCUCAAGCACAGGAAUCUACACCCCUCUCCACUCGCAACGACAGCUGAACUGCUCGAGAGGAUCAAGGCGAACAUGAGGGUAGCAAGAGAGCGGACGCCAGGACAAUAA